GCAGAAACAUAACCCCCUUUCUCUCUCUCUCUCUCUCUCUCUCUCAAAUCUAUACAUUAGCGGUAGCACCUUUCAGUGACGGUAUUCAAGGUUAUGUUCGUUCAAUAUCUUUUCGAUACCAAUACCACUAAAUACUAAUUGCUGUGUGUUAAAUCCAAGAUUUUGGGUUUUAGUUUUGAGGGGCUUUUCUUUUUCCUGUUUUUUGGGAUUUUAAGAUCAUGAUAUCUUUUACCCGAAAUAGACCUACAUGUAUCUAAACCAUUUUUGCUGAAUUACCUGUAUCUUACUGGCCCAAGUGAUAAGUUCUUCCGUUCUCCCUUACUCUCAUUCUAAAAAACCAAUUUGAUGAAACGUUUUGAAUGUCUCAAAGGUUUUCAUUUCUUGCUAUAUAUAAUGCAAAAGCGGUUUAGCCAUUAAUGCUUUCUUGUUGUCAAGACCCCACCUGCUCUCUCUCUAACCCACUUUUAAACCACCCCCUUUUGGACCAUUCUACAACACGCCUGUGAAUCUUUAAUCUUUUAUUCAACGACAUGGCAAAGAGCACAGCUUCACAGGACCCAGAAAACACAAUGACCCACUUUGAUUUCUUCAAGAAAUUUAGGCGCUUGAGCCCUCUUGAGCCUUCUCUAAGUAUUAUCGCCUUCUUCCUGGCCACCCUCUUCUUCGUUAGCUGUUUUUUUAACUUGGAUUACUUCAGUAUUGGUCGUGGAUUCACCUGGAAAGGUUCAUCAUCAUCAGCCAAUGUGCAUAUACGCCGUGAAUUUCUUGAUGAAGGUGGUGAUGGGUGCGAUGUUUUUGAUGGAAACUGGGUGUGGGAUGAGAGCUAUCCACUCUAUCAGUCACAGAACUGCUCUUUCUUGGAUAAUGGUUUUAGGUGCAAUGAGAAUGGUAGGCCUGAUAGUUUCUAUACCAAGUGGCGUUGGCAGCCCAAAGAUUGCAACUUGCCCAGAUUUGAUGCGGGAAUGAUGUUGGAAAAGCUGCGGAAUAGGCGGAUUGUUUUUGUUGGCGACUCAAUAGGAAGAAACCACUGGGAGUCCCUCCUCUGUCUGCUUUCCUCUGUUAUUCAUAACAAGACUUCUAUCCAUGAGGUGAAUGGGAGCCCAAUUACAAAGCAUACGGGCUUCUUGGUUUUCAAGUUUGAUGACUUUAAUUGCACAGUUGAAUACUACAGAUCUCCAUUUCUAGUAGUCCAGGGCCGGCCUCCGGCUGGAGCUCCAGAAGAAGUGAAGGUAACUCUGAAAGUGGAUCAAAUCGACUGGGUUUCUAACAAGUGGAGAGAUGCAGAUGUGCUGGUCUUCAAUUCUGGGCACUGGUGGAGUUAUGACAAGACCAUAAAAGUGGGUUGUUACUUCCAAGAAGGUGAGGAGGUGAAGAUGAACAUGAGUCUUCAAAGUGCAUACCGGCGAUCGCUUGAAACUGUAAUUGAUUGGAUUGGUAGUCAUGUGAACAUGAGCAAGACUUAUGUUCUCUUCCGAACCCCAUCUGCUGUGCAUUUCAGAGGUGGCAACUGGAAUUCUGGUGGUGGUUGUCACUUGGAAACACUACCUGACCUAGGGUUAUUGCCAGUUUCAUCAGACAUCCAGUUAGAAAUUCUCAUUAAUCUGUUAUCAGAGCACUCAAAUGAGUCACAAGUGAUGAAAUUGGAUUUAUUGAAUGUGACGAACAUGACACGAAGAAGAAAAGAUGGCCAUGCUUCUGUUUACUAUUUAGGCCCUGAGACUGGGCCAGCCUCUCUCCACCAUCAAGACUGCAGCCAUUGGUGCUUGCCUGGUGUCCCUGAUUCAUGGAACGUGCUUCUUUAUGCACUUCUUCGCAAGCGAGAAUUCUUUGGCCGAUGAAUCUUGACUAAACCUACUCAAUCUAUGUUAUGAUUGGUGGCUCACUGCUUUCUCAACAGUUGGUGAAAUUGUCGUAUAUAAAACUGGGAGUUGUGUAUAGCCCUUUUUGUGUUCAGGUAAAUAGGACAGUUUGCCUUACCAGUUCAGAAAUUUUGUUGCAAAACAAGGAAAUGCAAGUUUGUCUUAUUCUUGUUUCUGUACUUUUGUGAGUGGUAUAUGUCUGCUUGGACUGGUCUAGAGAUGAUAAGCACUAACUAGAAUGGAAUCAUGCCUAUGUUGUUAGGAGCUUAAUCUGGAAUGCUUGGUGGCACAUAUUUCAUCCGAGAUACAGGCGGUUGAUCUAUGAAGGGUGCUAAACUUUUAGGGUCAAAUUGUGCUUAGUAAGGCUUCAUGAGGCAAACUUUGAUAGUUGUGAGAAAAGAUGUACGCACAUUGGCUUUUGUUAUUGGCACAUGAUCUGAUUCUUCAGAAAGAAUAGAAACAGAAAAUGAUGUAAUGUCCUUGAUGUUUGCACAAAAUUUUGGAUAAAUAUUUUAUAAAGAUGUUGCAAUUUUGUUGCUAAUC